AUGUCGCAAACAGUUCUCGGAGUGGCCACGACGGUCACGGCCGUUUCGAUCGUCGCCGCAAUCUUCAUUUCCGCUUCGCUGCUCGUUGACAUCAACAACUUCUACGAUGAAGUCAGCGGAGAUCUGAGUGAGUUCCGCGGAUAUUACGACGACGCCUGGAAAACGAUGAUGGUGAACGAGGGAAUGAGAGGACUGGCAAGAAGAGCGAGACAAUCCGGAUACAGCAGCGGAGGAGAUGGCGCCGCCGCCGGAGGAGGAGACGGGCCUGCUGCUGCUCCUGGUGCUGCUGCUGGAGGACAGUGCAGUGAGUGUAUUCCCUCUUCUCACACCCUCUCAAUCAUAUCAUUUAGACUGUGGAGCCCAGGCUUCCGGAUGCCCAGCAGGACCACCAGGAACUCCGGGAGAGGACGGAACUCCAGGAGAGCCUGGAACUCCGGGAGAAGACGGAGGAAACGGAAUGCCGGGAGUCGCUCAGAUGGCCAUGGAUGCUUCCGGAGGAGCCUGCAUCAAGUGCCCAGAAGGACCACCUGGACCACCAGGACCGGAUGGACCAGAUGGACCAGCCGGGCCAGCUGGAAAUGCUGGAGCUGAUGGAGAAGGAGGUGGCGAGGGUCCAGCCGGACCCCCAGGACCUCCGGGACCAUCAGGACCAGAUGGAAAUCCAGGAACCCCAGGAUCAGACGGAGAGGCCGGAGCACCGGGAACAAAGACCACGAACACUCCUGGACCCGCCGGACCAGAAGGACCUGCUGGACCACCAGGACCAGACGGAGAGGCAGGAGCAGGAAGCGGACCAGGACCAGAAGGACCGGCUGGACCACCAGGACCACCAGGAAAGGACGGAGGACCAGGAGCUGAUGGAACCGCCGGAGAGCCAGGAGCCGACGGAGCGCCAGGCACUGACGCUGCCUACUGCCCAUGCCCGCCCAGAUCUGCUGCUCUUGGAGCUGGCGGAGGAGCCGAACCAGCUGGAGCCGCCGCCGCUACUGCUGCUGAACCUGCUGCUGCUGCCGCUGCUCCAGAAGUAGCCGGUGGAGGCGCCGAGCCAGCCGGAGCUGCUGCCGCUGCUCCAGUAGGAGCCGGAGCUGCUGAUGCUGCUGCCGCUGUUCCAGUAGGAGCCGGAGGAGGUGCCGAGCCAGCCGGAGCUGCUGCUGCUGCCGCUGCUCCGGUAGGAGCCGGAGGAGGUGCCGAGCCAGCCGGAGCUACUGCUGCUGCCUCUGCCGAGCCGGCUGCUGCUGCCGCUGCUCCAGUAGGAGCUGGAGGAGGUGGUUAUGAGGGAGGAGCCGCUGCUGGUGCUGCGGAGCCACCAACCAGCGGAAAGGGAGGAGAGGCUGCUCCAGCUUACCCGACCCAUAAACAAUAG